GUGUGUGCAGGAGGAAGGGAGCUAGGCUGUGGCUGUAUGCUCAGCAAUAGGAAAUGCUUUAUUAGCUGGGAGUGGUGGAGAAAAGCCAGGCAGGAAGAGGCAGUAAUAAGAAACAUUUUUUGACUUCUCCCACAUCCAGAGCGCGGAGAUCUUGCCAAACUGCUGCGUUUGGGGAACAGGGAGAGAGGAACGAGCCCCCAGGACUGGGGAGGGAACUAGACACACACACUCCUCUCCCCAGCAGGGACAGGCGUGGGGUGGGGAGGACGGAGGCUGACCCAUGAAUCUGCUUCAGGCUGGAGCUUGCAGCGCAGUGGGGAGCUGCCUGGGGUGAGCUGGAAAAGUGUCCGUCGAAGGCUGGGAUCCAGACACUGCAACCCAAGGAGAAUCGCCUCUGGCCCUGGGAAAGGGUCACCACAGCCCUGCUAGCAGCAGACAGAGAGCCGGAUACCGGACGCCCAGACCUGGGUCGGGCAGGUUCCGUUCCGCCUCCAGAGGUGCGGCAGAACCCGCCCGCCCACAAGCAGCCUCUCCUCUGGGCCGGUGCUGUCAAUGAGAGGGAAAGAGCCGUAGAGAAAAUGCUGCAAGGAGCCAUUGGGAGCUUUCUCCUGGUCGUUCUGACUGUUCCAAGGAGCGUUCCAGCUGAGAACCUGAUGUGCGCCUGUGACGACCACGUGCAGCCCUGUGACCAUGCCACCUGCUGGGGGAAGGUGUGUUUUGUGAGCAAAACCCAGGACAACGGGAAGGCCACCCAGCGCAAGGGCUGCCUGAGUGAUAAUAUCCUGGAGCACUGCCAGACGAAGCCCAUGGAAGAAUACGCCAUAACCUGCUGCAGCUCCAACAUGUGCAAUGAGAACACUAGUGUCCUCCUGAAAGGCCAGGAGCAGCCCGAAGAGCCUGCCUCUCUGACGAACCUUCUCCUGAUGAUCCUCGUCCCCCUGCUGGCCCUCCUCGUGCUCAUCACGCUCUCCUGCUGGAAGCUGGCUCAGCACCGCAGGAAGCGGCUUCUCAUCAGACAUGAUGACUUGGGGGACCCAGACAACAUGCUGAAAGCCUCCAUGGUCGGAGACAGCACCUUAGAGGACCUGCUGAACGAGGACUGCACGACGGGCAGCGGCUCCGGGCUGCCCUUUCUUGUUCAAAGAACUGUGGCUCGGCAGAUCACGCUGGUGGAAUGCGUAGGGAAAGGGCGCUACGGGGAGGUGUGGCGCGGCGUGUGGCACGGGGAGAACGUGGCCGUGAAGAUCUUCUCCUCCCGGGACGAGCAGUCGUGGUUCCGCGAGACGGAGAUCUACAACACGGUGCUUCUCAGGCAUGACAAUAUCCUGGGCUUCAUCGCCUCUGACAUGACGUCCAGGAACUCCAGCACCCAGCUCUGGCUCAUCACUCACUACCACGAGAACGGCUCGCUCUACGACUACCUGCAGAGGACAGCGCUGGACACACAGACCUGCCUGAGGCUGGCCUGCUCCAUCAUCUGCGGCCUGCUCCACUUGCACGUGGAGAUCUUCGGGACCCAGGGGAAACCAGCCAUCGCUCACCGGGACCUGAAGAGCAGGAACAUCCUCCUGAAGAACAACCUUGAGUGCUGCAUCGCAGACCUGGGGCUGGCGGUCAUGCAUUCCCAGGGCAGCGACUACCUGGACAUCGGGAACAACCCUCGGGUUGGCACCAAACGCUACAUGGCCCCCGAGGUCCUGGACGAACAAAUCCGUACCGACUACUUCGAAUCCUAUAAGCAGACAGAUAUCUGGGCAUAUGGUCUGGUGCUCUGGGAAAUCACCAGGAGGACGGUUGUUAACGGGACAGUGGAGGACUACAGGCCUCCUUUCUUUGACAUGGUGCCAAGUGACCCCAGCUUCGAGGAUAUGAAGAAGGUGGUUUGCACUGACCAGCAGACGCCCAGUGUCCCCAACCGGCUGUACUCUGACUCGAUUUUGUCCGCCCUGGCUAAGAUCAUGAAGGAAUGCUGGUACCAGAACCCCUCUUCUCGGCUCACAGCCAUGAGGAUUAAAAAGACACUAAAGAAGCUGAGAAGCUCCCUAGAAAAACCCCAACAAGAUGAUUAACUGCGGGGAGCAGGCCCGAGGGCGCGGCGAUCGGGUUUCUGACUCGCUCAGGCUCCGAAGCAGCAGAGAAGCCGAAGAGGUUCAAGGUCACUGAGUUUAUGCUGCGUGCAGGGAGGGGGCCAGGGCUCUUUGCGCAACUCUAUAACAAACCGGUUUUUCCCUCCAAGUCCAGCCCCGUUGCGGAAGGAGGAUUUUAAUUGGCCACCACUCCCCAGGGACCAUUCCAACCUGCUGCAGAAAAGUCCCACUGAGCAGCUGCCAGUUGCCCCGGCACGUCUUUCGCAGUCGCUCUCCAGUGUCCUCGGAGUUGUUUUUUUGGAGGUGUUUUUUUUUUUAAUUAAAAAAAAAUUCUCCUAGCCCAUUUAUAAAAAUACCCGCUGGGUCCGUGAGCUGACGCCAGCCUGUCUCGUGUGCCAGACGGGAACAUGAGCAGCAGCCUGCGCCCUGCCCUGUUCACAAGAGUGGGGCGUUGACGCUGAACGCCACCUCAGGACCCUGUGAAAAGCAAGAGUCUCAGUUUAGCCUUUGGGAUCCUUUUGCACACGGGCGAGUGUGUGUGCAUGUGCACGUGGGUGAGUGUGUGUGCACGCAUGUCUGUCUGUGGGCAUGUGUAAAAUAACACAGUAUGCACCCUGGAAUCACCAGGAGCCGGGCAGCAGCGCAGUGACUGGAACUGGGCUGUGAUGAACGCUCUGUGCUCAUUCAGGGGGUGCAGCCGAAGCCACUGGGGGAUGCACUAAUUUAGCAUCCUAUUGAGAACUAAAGCUGCUCUCUACCCCAGUGGAGCGUCCUCAGGGGACAGCCUGCCACCCGACCCUGGUGCUGAAACCCCUGGGGCUGCAGGUGUCAUUUCUCCCUCCUGCGGUGGAGUUCUGGCCAUCACGCGCACCGGACCUUUACUGGUCGUCAUUUAGAGCGAGGCGAGGCUCUUUGCUGGAGGUUGGCCCGGGGGCUUUCUGAUUUACUUUCAUUUGUUUACACCAGGCAGGAAUUUGGUGCAAGCAGCCACUCGGGGUCUAGUGCUAUCUUGACAUUUCCUAGGUUGUCCUGAUCCACCCUCUCCCGCCCGCAGAGGCAGGCGCAGAAGGGCAAGAAACACCCCCUCUUUCAGUGGGUCUCCCUCAUUUCCCCAGCGCGUCCAGCUACUCCAUCCCCACCAGCUGGCAAGCCAGCCCUGGCCAGCUUAAUCUCACUGCUCCCCAUGCCUGGAGAGGUGAGUUCCUGCCCCCUCCUCCAUCCCUGACACAGCCCAGCAUGAAGGAAUCUGGGCUCUGCUCAGACCUGAGCUUCUCCAGUGAAUUUGGCACCAGCAGGGCUCCCCGCCCACAGCUCCCCUGGCGACAGCAGCCAGGAAUUCCCCGACGGGUGCAGCGUGCACCGUGUUUCUUGUAUUCUGCAAAGGACGGUACUGGGUUAAGUCCGGGUUAGCGUCCCCACCCCACCUCGCUGCGGCAGAUCCCAGACGCCCUGUUAGCUCAUAGAUACUCCCUGCCGUAUCUUCCACCCUUAGGUACUUCGGGUGCAUUCGCUUCCCUGGGAAGGGGAGUCACAUCCUCUUAUUCCAAGCAAGCCUGCGAAAGAUGGGUCUGAGCCGCUGGGCCCGGCCCCGGCCUUGUCUCCUGUGGCGGCUUUUCCACCUGUGCACACUGGCCGUGCAACGUGGCCGUUCUGACGGGGUGUCUUGUCCCACGCAUUUUGCACAAGUGGAAAUAACAACACAAGGUGCAAGGCGGGGCAGAAUAAGACCCCAGGUCUCCCUAAAGGCAGCCCGGACUUCCCAGCCACUGGAGGGGCCCACCUGACACUCCCUUGUCUGUUACAGACGGAGAAGCCCAGAGGGACACUCCAGGUCUGUAAGGGACGCAACGUAAGCCACAUUUUAGAGCCGCAUCUGAACUCGCCCAGACUUUGGGGGGCUGUUUGGAAGCAACGUUUUGUUCGGGGUCCCUCUCUGGUUUAUCCACAUCCGGAACUGUCUAGAGCGGGGACACCCCACCCGCUAAUGCUGCCCACAGCUGCCCUGCUGCUGUCACACAAGUGCAAGGACAGCGCUGAACAGCUGCGGGGCUCUAUUGCUAGUGGUUUCAGCUGCCCAGCUAUCAAGGAAGAUACAAGCAUGAGCAAAAUAUUGUGGCUGUGUGUGUUUGUUUUUGAUUAACAGAGCCAGGGCUCAGCCCGGAGAUAUUCUGAGCACCCUCAGUUCCCCUUGACUUCGCCUGGAGCUGAGGGCGCUCAAUGACUCGCGGGGGCAGGUCCCUUGUUGAACAGAUAUUGGCAAAUUAAGGGCCUGAGCGUGCUCCCACUGCAGUCCAUGGGCAGUUUUACAACCGCUUUCAAUGGGGCGCAGCGGGACUGAGCCCCAGCUGUGGCCCACAGCCUCCUGGCAGGUUGUCAGUGCAGCCAAAAACCUUUCUCCCCCUCUUUGGGCAUCUCCCACAGCUCAGUGGUUCCUGGAGCUGGGACAUAAACUGCCCCAUUAGCACAGUGCUGUGACCAACCCUUAUUGAAAUCAGUGCCUCGUAGGCAUAUAUUAAUGAAAUCCAUGUCUGUCUUUGUGUAUCCAAAGUAGCUCUGAUUGGAGUACAGCAAUAUCAUGGAUUUCAUGUGCUAAUGAGCCCCUGAGGAGCUUUUCUCUCGGUCUCAGGAGUAUAAGGAUAAGAGAGAGCACAUUUCCUGGCUCUCCUAAACCCCAGCGGAACAGGAGGACUCACAUGCUUAAAGACAGGCACGUGCUUUAAGUGCCUUGUUGAAUGGGGGCCUGAAAUACCUUCCUCUUGUCACCUCUCUUGUGACGCUCACCUGGUAGCCAUCACUAUAUUUAAGGCAGAAAAAUAGUUCCCAUUAUACCCUGCCACAUUCUUCUCCCUCCUUCCUUCCCGGGAUGCAGCACCACAGGGCUCUUUCAGCUAAAGAAGAAGCCAGUCCCUAAAGUUCUGACCCGGAUCCAAAAAUGUCUCCAAGGCUUAAGGCUGUUCAGAUCUCGGGGAUCAGUUUGGUCUCAUCUGUAACAUCAGUUUAAACAAUGCCCAGAAAACCAGCUUUGGGCCCCAUUCUAUAGUGAUUUAUAUGUUCAAAUGUAAUAUAUUGAAUAAAAUGUAAAGCGAUUUUAUCUCCUGAGUGCUGCAAAAUCUCAGACUUUUGCCCAAAGUGAGAUGUCAGGAGACAGGGAAAGCCCUGCUGUCCACAGCUCAUGCAUGGCCUUAUUUGUGCUCAAAGUGUUCAAUUCCUGUGAAAAACAUCAUAUAUCUCCUUUGCAUCCAGAUCCUACAAUAAACCUUGCU